AUGGCUGUUGCGUUUGAAGGCUUCUCCAUCCGAGAGUACGCGGCAAAGAUGAGAACCGUGGACGUGUUCAAAUCCUAUCCCUUCACUGCUGCAGACAAUCAUGAUGCUGAUGAAGAUGAUGAAGAUAUGAAGGAGAAGAAGAAGAAGAAGAAGAAGGAACAAGUCGAGGCCUUGCUUCCUCCGAUCACUAUCACCAAGUUCAAGUGGUGGGCCCACGAGCUCCACCGCUUAAGAGCAUCCACUAAUCCCCACCCCCACCACCCAGAACAGAUGUUAACGCUUGUUAACAAAGAAAGCUCAGAUAUCCCCAGAAACGACAUCGAAUUCACUGCCGUUGCCGAUGAGCUUGAGGCUGAGGUCGAGUCUCAGGAAACCCAGAAAUCGUCUGAGACGUCGUCGUCGUUGGUUUGUCCAGUUUGUAAAGAUUUCUCAUCGGCCACUGUCAACGCCGUGAAUGCGCAUAUCGACAGCUGCCUUGCUCAGGCGUCGAGGGAGGAACGGAGGCAGAUGAGGAAGGCCAAGUCCAAAGUACCCAAGAAGAGAUCUAUUGCUGAGAUUUUCGCCGUGGCGCCUCAGAUCCAAAAUCAUUACGAAGAAGAUGAAGAUGGUGAUGAUGAAGAUUGUGAGCUGUUGGGUGAGAGUGGUGGUGAUAGUAGUUUCAGUGUUUCAAGGUUGAAGCCAAAGAAGGUGAAGAAAAGGAAGAAGGAGAAGAAGAAGGUGGUGUUGUUGGAGGAGAACAAGAAGUUCAACAAGAAGAUGGUGAUGAAGAAUAAGAAGAAUAAGAAGAAGAAGAAUGAUGGGUUAAUUGCAAACAAGGAGAAGUCUUGCAAACUCAAAUUACAAAAUCCAGUCACUUUUGCCAAAAAGCUGAAUAAGAAGUUUGCACUGGACAUUUGGGAUGGUGUAACUGUCCGUGCAAGGACGCCAAAUCUGAAAUACUUAUCUACAAAGAAGAGAAAAGUAGUUCAAACAUCCAAAUUGAUUCCUAAGCAUCAGAAGCAAAUUUUUGCUGUUCGCAGCAUUCUCAAGAAUCAUGACGUUUGUGGUCAGAACUCCGCAUUUUGCAGCAUGCAAGGUGAUAGUCAAGCAAAUCCUCGUGGUAUUCAACACUCAGAAAGGCAUGUUAGGUUUUCUGACAAGAAUCACAUACUUGGCCCAAGGAAGAAUGGAUUGUCUUCCUUUCAACACAAUACUGUUGGCAACUUAUCUUCUGAUAUCUUUGUUAGUUCAUCUGAGAAGGACCAGUCUGCUGACAGUAAUAAAGAAGCAGCCCCCAUGGAGGUAGACAGAAGAGAAAAUCAUGUUUCAAUUGGCACAGAUAAUGGAACUGAGGCCUGCAGUAUAAUUGGAAGGAAGGAAUUGCCUAAAAUAUCUGAUCAUGCUGAUAUACCAAAUUUUCUGAGGCCACAUAUUACUCAUCAGGAAAAAGUAAAGCAUUUGCCUGAUAAAUCUGUACCAGCAAGUAGAGCUGCAACUGAAGAUAAUAAUUUGAGUAUGUUCGGUCAAGGCUACCCAAUCGCCUCACAUAAACCUGCAUAUGCUGGCAUUCCAAGAUUGAUAUCUGCUCUAGAAGAACCACACAUAAAUACUCAUGGAGUUGCUGUUUCCAGAGCUUUUGGUUCCAGUGGGACGAUGAUUGAUCAUAUUGCACAUCCUAUCCAUGGUGUUGCUGCUAUGAGUUCAAGGGAAAAUGCAGGAGCAUUUCCUGAACCUUUUUCAUCUAGUUUCACUUUCAAUGAGAUUGCAAGGGGGGGCAUUCCAUUCCCUUCAGAAUCUGAAAUAGAUAAAUUUAGUGAUCAUGGUCUGCACCGCCAAUCAUUAUGUCCUCCCAUGAACUUGAUGGGUGCCUCAUAUCCCUUUCCAGAGUGGAAACAAAGAGCAGGUUCCUUUAGGGAAAGGUGCUUGGAUGAGGAUUUUAUUGGUUUGCCUCUCAAUUCGCACGGUGAACUAAUCCAGUUGAGUCCAACAGGUAGAAGUGGGUUCAACCAGCUGAGGAAGUUGGAUACUAUAGCAGGGACCUCCAGUAGCUUACCUGUGCAGAAUUUUACCCAGUUGAUGAGUACGAGUAGCUUACCAGCGCAUAACUUUACCCACAGAACGAGUAUGGAAGAUUCUUUGACUGCAUACAAGAAGCAUUUUGUGGAGAAAGAACUUCCAAAUGAUCAGUUGAAUUUGUUUCCUAUGCAGAAUUAUGUUAAAGAGAAUUUUAAUUCACAUUUUCCAGACAGGUUAGGUGUUACUUACUUGGAUAGCACUCAAAGAGCAGGUAUACACCAGCUUGAUUUUGAGAGCAGCAGAAGCAGCUACUCUUUUCAUCCGCUUGAUUCAGGCCUGAACCUCAUGAAUAUCUCUACCAGUGGAUGCAGACAAUUUGACCAGGUACAGAACCAAAAGACAGUGGGAAUGAUCCCUAUGGAUAAUUCAGGUCACACAUCGUCGAAUAUGAAUCAACCAACAAUGCGGUUAAUGGGAAAAGAUGUUGCAAUUGGUAAAAGUAGCAGAGAGAUUCAAGGAUUUGAGGAUGGAAAAGUUUGGACAGAUAAGGAGAUUAUAGCAGAGCAUUGUCCUUCAAGUACUGCCUUGCAUAGUUCUUCCUUGAACAAGAAUUUCCAGCAGAGUUGGCUUCCAGACACGGCAUCAGGGAAGUUGAAAGAAACUGUAGCACAGUCUUCAGAAAUUCACAGCGAACACGCCUCUCUACAAAAUUUUCUGAUGAAAGCCCCAGAAUAUAGAUUUCCUCAUCCUUACCACAACUGGCAAAGCAAUUCAGAUUUUCAAAAUGGCAGCCUUACCACCGACAGAAGUCCAAGUUCGAAUUUGAUCCAUUUUGCUCAGUUACCCACUUCACCUGCAAUGUUUAAUAGGGCACCCAACUUCCCAGAAGCCUUCAUAUCUGGAGCUGAAUCUCUACAGUUUGGCUCUCAACUACCUGUAUUUUCUGCUCCACAAACUACCUGUGGACAUGGGGUUUUAAGACCUGCUGAAUUCAAUUACAAGCAGAACCCACCACAUUUUACAAAAUCAGCAUUUGACUUUCCUUUCCUAAAUCCGGAAUGCAGAGAAAAUGUCCAAUCACCAUGGUUUCAGAGCUCCUCCAAGGGCCUGCCCCCUUGGUUGUUACAUGCAACACUACAGGGAAAACCACCAAAUACAGCUUCUCAAUCUUUUCCAGAUGUGGGUAGGAAAAACCAUCAUCAUAUUAUGCCGAGAAGUGAUAUUUUCACCGCGCCGUUCAUGCAUCAUUCAUCUGAAUUUUCUUAUCCUUGCAAUUUGAUGACCUAUCAUUCACAAGUGAUGAGUUCACCUAGUCCGGCAACUACAUUUCUGCCUCCACAUGCUCCAGCCAAUACAGGAGGAAAUCAAAAAGCAAUGUCUGCCAUCAAUAUGGGCUACAGAAACAGAACCAAUGUAAAAGACAGAUUGAAAUCAAAAGAUUUUGGUAUCAAAGACCCUUAUCCUUGCAAGAAAACUAAGAGACUUGCAGUAAAAGCAGUUGAUUCAACAAUUCCUCCUAACAUGUUCAACUUAGAAAUGCAAGAAAAGUUGAGUGCUGUUGCAGGGUCAUCAAGAGGGAACUUUUUCAGUGAAAUGCAGUCUACUUCGAGAGCACUUGAUGUUGACUUGAGUAGGACGAAAGCAAGUGAUUUGGGUUGCAGCCUACAUGAAAUUCAAGAGGAUGGAUUCGGAAGCUUUGGAAUUGAGUCCUCCAAAGUAGAUGGUAUGGUGAAAUCUGGUCCCAUUAAACUAUGUGCAGGAGCAAAACACAUCCUAAAACCCACUCAAAAUGUGGAUCAGGAUAUCUCCAGGCCAAUCCAUUCAACUAUCCCCUUUGUUGCAGUACCUAAUGGUUGUAGAGAACCAGAGCCUCAGAAGAAAUCAACAAAGAUUUACAGGUUUUAG